AUGUCGAAGAUGAGAUCAUUCCUAAAACCACCGCUUCCGAAAUCGCCUCUCCGUCUCCGAUCUCGUCAAGUCCUCAAUGAAAACUCUUCUUCAUCUCUGCUUACCCCUCCAGGUUCUGUGACGAAACCGGGAAGAAGAAGAUUGAGCGAUGCGAAUCUGGUGGAACCGAAACUCCCUUUCGAUUACUCCACAAUCUCAAACGAGAUACACGCUUUAGCGAAAAUGGUGACCGAUGAGUUUUCCGAAGAAGAAGCUAGGAAGAAAUCGAGACUCGCGUGUUCGAAUCUCGAAACUCUGGCUUCGAAAUCGGUUCCGGUUUUUGAGAGAGGGAGGUUCUACGAGGAGUACUCAGCCAAAAGGAACGAAAGAUUGAAGAGGAAGAAAGGAGGAGAAGAAGGUGUAGAAGUGAAAGGAACGCCUUACAGUCUCGGCGUAAACCGUGAACCGAUGACGAACAAGAGAAGAGGAAGUAAUGCGAAGAAGCUUGAGAGUCUUAAGAAGAGUGUAUCAAUGGUUGAAUCAACAACAACAACGCCGAGGUAUUCUCUUAGGAGCAUGACGAAAGAGAAUAGGAAGCCGCCGCUUCCGCUUAAUGUCAAUGUAAGUGCGAUGAAAAGUGUCACUACUACUAGAAGAGGUAGGAGAAUCUGA